UGCUCUGCCGUAAAUCGAAACCGUAGCACUAGCAGCACAUUCGGAUCUAGAGGCCCCAAACAUGUUCACCCGAGCCGUAAUAUAGUCGAAUAACACGUAGCUUGAUCAGCACUGUCUGUGUGCACUACACGAAGAAAAAGUGUCCGGUCUGAGGUUAUGCGGCGUUCAUGCUUGGAUCGAUUUUGUCAUGUUUUAUUUUAGCGUAACUGUGAGUUGAUACUGUGUUUUGCUCCGCGGUGUGUGUUAUGUGUUGACUUAAGAGGACAGUGCGUCACCGUACAAGAUGGACACUGCCGAAGAAGCUGAUAUAUGUAGGGUGUGUCGAUCUGAGGGAACUCAAGACAAACCCCUCUACCAUCCCUGUGUUUGUACUGGAAGUAUUAAGUUCAUCCACCAAGAAUGCUUGGUGCAGUGGCUUAAACACAGCAGAAAAGAGUACUGCGAAUUAUGCAAGCACAGAUUUGCUUUCACGCCAAUUUACUCUCCAGACAUGCCUUCACGGCUCCCAGUUCAAGACAUUUUCGCAGGACUGGUCACCAGUAUAGGCACGGCAAUCCGAUACUGGUUUCAUUACACGCUUGUUGCCUUCGCUUGGCUGGGGGUUGUACCUCUAACAGCAUGUCGCAUCUAUAAGUGUCUGUUCACUGGAUCCGUAAGCUCCCUCCUGACUCUGCCAUUAGACAUGCUCUCCACAGAGAACUUGCUGGCUGACUGCCUGCAGGGCUGCUUUGUGGUGACCUGCACCCUCUGCGCCUUCAUCAGUCUGGUGUGGCUGCGGGAGCAGAUUGUUCAUGGUGGAGCCCCUUUAUGGUUGGAGCAGAACCAGCAGCAACCUGCCAAUGCAGCAGGACCGCCCAACGAGGCCCCUGGCCAGGGUAAUGGAGGUGCUGAAAACCAGCCUAUGCCCGCCCCGGCUGAACCUCCAGGGGAGAACGCUGCAGCGGCUGAGGCUCCUGACCUCCCUGCUGAUCCUGCGGAAGAGAUGGAGCUAGAUAAUGACGAUGAGGAGGAUGGAGGAGCCGAAGAUGUGGCAGAUGCCAACAAUGGAGCACAGGAUGAUAUGAACUGGAAUGCUCUGGAAUGGGAUCGUGCAGCUGAAGAGCUCACUUGGGAAAGGAUGCUUGGGCUUGAUGGGUCCUUGGUUUUCCUGGAACAUGUCUUCUGGGUGGUCUCACUCAACACACUCUUCAUCCUGGUGUUUGCUUUCUGUCCCUACCAUAUUGGCCACUUCUCAGUGGUUGGACUUGGUUUUGAAGAAUAUGUUCGUGCCUCACACUUUGAGGGUCUCAUCACCACUAUAGUUGGAUAUGUUCUUUUAGCCAUCACACUCAUCGUGUGCCAUGGAUUAGCAGCACUGGUGAGAUUUCAAAGAUCACGGCGCUUGUUAGGAGUCUGCUACAUUGUGGUAAAGGUGUCUCUUCUAGUAGUCGUAGAGAUUGGUGUGUUCCCCCUCAUCUGUGGCUGGUGGCUUGAUAUCUGCUCUCUGGAAAUGUUUGAUGCCUCAUUAAAAGACAGAGAGUUGAGUUUUGAAUCAGCGCCAGGGACCACUAUGUUCCUUCACUGGCUGGUGGGGAUGGUCUACGUCUUCUAUUUUGCCUCUUUUAUUCUUCUGCUCAGAGAGGUUCUAAGGCCUGGAGUCUUGUGGUUUCUCAGAAAUCUGAACGAUCCAGAUUUCAACCCAGUGCAGGAAAUGAUUCACCUACCAAUAUACAGACACCUGAGACGAUUCAUACUGUCAGUGGUUGUGUUUGGCUCAAUUGUUCUUCUCAUGUUGUGGCUUCCUAUCCGGAUAAUCAAACACAUCUUCCCUUCAUUUCUGCCCUACAAUGUGAUGCUUUACAGCGAUGCUCCAGUGAGUGAGCUGUCUCUGGAGUUGCUGUUAUUGCAGGUUGUUCUUCCUGCUCUGUUGGAACAGGGACAUACGCGACAGUGGCUCAAAGGUCUGGUAAGAGCCUGGACCGUGACCGCUGGCUACUUGCUAGACUUGCACUCUUACUUGCUGGGAGACCAGGAAGACAAUGAGAACAAUGCCAACCAGCAAGCCAACAACAUCAACCAGCAGGCCCGUAACAAUGCCAUUCCUGUGGUGGGAGAAGGUCUGCAUGCUGCUCACCAGGCCAUACUGCAGCAGGGCGGCCCAGUGGGCUUCCAGCCCUAUCACCGGCCCAUGAAAUUUCCUCUAAGGAUUGUGUUGCUGAUAUUGUUCAUGUGCUUGACGUUGCUUUUGGCCAGUUUGGUGUGUCUCACGUUACCAGUGUUCACUGGACGCUGGCUGAUGUCCUUCUGGACGGGCAGCGCUAAGAUCCAUGAGCUGUACACUGCAGCAUGUGGGCUGUAUGUGUGCUGGCUCUCCAUCAGAGCGAUCACAGUGCUGCUGGCCUGGAUGCCUCAGGGGCGUAGAGUAAUCCUUCUCAAGGUUCAGGAGUGGACCCUCAUGAUUAUGAAGACACUGAUUGUGGCUGUGCUGUUGGCUGGAGUGAUCCCUCUGCUCUUGGGACUGUUGUUCGAGCUGGUGAUUGUAGCUCCUCUCAGAGUGCCGCUGGAUCAGACACCUCUGUUCUACCCCUGGCAGGACUGGGCUUUAGGAGUGCUGCAUGCCAAAAUCAUUGCUGCCAUCACCCUCAUGGGUCCCCAGUGGUGGUUGAAGACCGUUAUUGAACAGGUGUAUGCCAAUGGAAUCAGGAACAUUGACCUUCAUUUCAUCAUCAGGAAGUUAGCGGCCCCGGUCAUCGCUGUAUUGCUGCUUUCUCUCUGCAUCCCCUACGUGAUUUCUGUAGGCAUCGUCCCCCUUAUUGGGGUCACUAUGGAGAUGCAGAAUCUGGUGCAGAGGAGAAUCUACCCCUUCCUUCUGAUGGUAGUGGUGCUGAUGGGUAUCCUCUCUUUCCAAAUCCGACAAUUCAAGCGCCUUUAUGAGCACAUCAAGAAUGACAAGUACCUUGUUGGACAAAGACUUGUGAACUAUGAACGCAAAGCUGGCAAGGCCAGCACUACCACACACAGCAGUUCAGUGCAGGAGUAAAGAGCUUGGGAUUGCUUUGGAGUCACGCUUUUGUGUGUGUGUGUGUGUGUCAGUGAGCGAGCAUGUGUGAGCAUGCGUGAACGACUGAACGAACCUUCCUCUCCUGCUCCCUCUGCUUACUCGUGAUGUGUGUGUCCAUACAUCCAUCACGUCCACUAAGACUCUAAAAACUGACCUCUGGCCUCUCUGACCCUGCCAGCAAAAAGGGGCGAAAGAGCCAUGUACAUAAAUGGGGCGAAAGAGGGAAACCCUGCAGCCAACCAACCAACCGUGGAUUAAAAAGAAUGUCUCACUCCUAAAAGGAAAAAGAAAAAGAAAAAAAAAACAGAAAAACAAGAUUAAGUAUGUGUAUUAAUUUAUUAAAUCUAGUUGUUUACCUUAUUUGUGAAGAUUUGUUUGUGGUAGGACUCGACCCACAUGGUUCCUUUCAUCACUCUUUGUGGAGAGGCCAGUCAGACUCCAGAGCUGAAAUGUCAUAAUGGAGCUGGACUGUCACAUUAGUACCUUUUUAUUUAUUAGUUUUGAAUUUUCAAUGAAAUAUGAUCUUGAAGUUUUUGAAUGCGAGGGUCUCGUUUGAUUUGAUGCAAUUGGUAGUGUGUCUUACCUUAAUUUCUCGAUGCUUUAACCUCCCUAAUUUUAUGUGCAGAGCAGAAGUGGAUGGAGGCGGAUUUUAAUGGUUACGCCACACCCAUCCGCUUCCUGUCAUGUGGAAAAGAGGGGAUUUCGUUUCACCAACGGUUCGUGCGCGACUGUUGCUGACCAAUUUGAGAACACAGAAGCACAGAGUCAGUAUCUAGCAGACAAAGCGUAGUUUGACGGUAGUGUUUAUGGCUCACAGUGAGCCGCAAAGCCUACCUCUGCCUGCUAGCUCUUCGUUCAACUCUGAAAAUUCCUUUCGAGUAGCUUAGAAGACCGUUUAGAGUGCUAAUUGCGUCAGUGGUUGAGCUAGCAUAUUUGUUUGCUGUUCAAGUCGAUAUCGACCGUUGUAUGUCUGUCUUGUGCUCAGCAUGGCCUAGCAACACUUUCUCAUAGAUGUAACUCUGGCACGUAGACAGGUUGUUGCACUUAAUUUUUUAAUUAAAAAAAGCAUAUUUUUAAGAGCAGCAAUAGUUCAGAAACCUUUAGACCAAAAUUUUAAGUCCUUACUCGUAUGGGAAUUCACUAUAAUUCAUCAAACUGAUCAAAUUUCAUCCGAAACGUGUGGUUUGAUUCUUGCUUCGAUUUGUCAUGUCUAUAGGUAAGGAGGAGAUCCUCAACAACACAUUUGUAAAUAAUGUAACUUUUCAAUUCUUCGAGUAUGUUUUUCUCCAUUUCAGAUUUGCUGCGUCUGUUACAGGUUCACGAUUCCCGAAGAAUUUGUCUCAGACGGCUUUAGAGAUAGUGUUAAUCAGCGCUGAGAUUCUAUAAGUGACCUUAUAGUUUCUUAUUACACUGAAACUGGAUACUGUAUGCUUCUUGAUAGCUUGCGCUCCUCUGAAAGGCAAAUGUUCUAUUUUUAUAUGUGCAACUAGUGACACCAUUUUCAUGUUUGAUCAGCCAUUGAUUUGAUAUCCUCAAAAGUUUUCUGAGGUCAGCUAGAAUCCAGGUAAAGGUAGUGGUCCAGCACUAAACACCGUCGUGUGUCUGGUUUACUAAGCCUUUUUCCUUUUCAUAGCAUGUUUGUGUGAGAAGUAUUCAGUAUUUCUGAAUGUUUUUAAACCUCCUGCUUGGAGGCUCUCGCUGUAACAAUUACAUCCUCAUAAUGGCAGACAAUUUUUUUUUUUUUUUUUUUGUUGAAAACUUUUAUUACGAAUAUUAAAUCACAGAGUGUGGUA